AUGUGCGUGUAUUCGGUAACAUACGCCGAAGUUAUGAAAGGCCCACCUGAAAGCAGAAGACUACCUACUGAAAUAGAACCGAAGGGCCUUUGGCUACUGGCAAUUCUCCUGGUGUUUGCCCUAAUAGAGGGAGUUGAACCACCAACUAAAUGCCAGUGUGCAGAAAAACCAAACAAGAGAAGGGAAUGUGGGUAUCCAGGUAUCAAGGCUGAGGAGUGCCAUAAAAGAGGAUGCUGUUUUGAUGCAAGCAUGACUGGUGUUUGCUGGUGCUUCAAACCUUUUUCAAAACUAGCUACCGGUGAAUAUUCUAUGAAUGUAUACGAUAGAAAGGAAUGUGGAUUUUUAAUCUUCUCAGAAAAAUGCUGUCUGAAAAGAGGAUGUUGUUUUGAUCCUUCAUACCCAGGCGUUAAACGGUGUUUCCGUCCUAACAUCAAAAAUGAUUGUUAAAGAAGCAUGCCCCGGAGAUGGCUGUCAAUAGAACCAGAGAAAAAGGAAGAUUUUUAAAUCUCAUGGCGUGUUGCUCUAAUA